AUGAACCCGCCCAAGACAACGGCUCUCAAGGUAAGUGUUCAUCUUUAUUAUUCACAUUAUUUUCAUUUUACAAGGCCUUGUCAACUUGGUUCAAAUUUUAAUACCGUUGCAUGCAUCAGAAUUUCGGCUGCGGAAGAAAUUUCAUGCCUGACCAACUUUAAAAUGGUUGAAAUUUUAAUACACCAAGACUACCUCCUGAACAUUGUGUUGAGUUUGCAAAACGUCUUCAGUGGCCUGAAGAAAAACCUUUUGGAGGUAAACAAUGAUAUACUUGGUAUCAUGAUGAACAUUGAAAAUCUCCAUCUAUACAAAAUCCUUCCACGAUCAGGCUUUUUACAUAAACCUUUAGGCACACUUAUAACCUAGACACAUUUAUAUCUAGCCUACCUAGGCAUAUUUAUAUGAACCUAGACACAUUUAUAUGAACCUAUUUAUCUCUUUCUAAAAUAUAUUGUUGUUGAUGGAGACAAUCCCCAACAUGUUCAGUGGAUUUAUGAAGAAGCUUUAAAAAGUUCUGAGGAUUACAUUAUCAAGAGAGUUACUUACAGACUUAUACAAGGUAUACCCUGGAAAUUCCAGUAUUCUGUUAUCUCGUACAGUAUUUGGCGCUUUGGAUCACCAACUAACCCAUGUUAUUUUCAGGUGUUAUCAAACAUACAAUACCCGCGGUUGCCUCAACUAACGCUCUUCUCGCUGGUAAGUCCAUUUCACUGGAAACAGCAAUUUGGAACUUACAUCUUGCAACAUGCGUUGCGACAAUUGGCUUGAAUUUUAACUGACCACUGACGUCUUAAAUAUAUUUUACUAACACCUGACAAUGUAACUGAUUUAUGGCUAAAUCCAUGGUAAAACAUCUAAAUAAUGUCUUUCAUGUUCUUCAGUCGACAAAAAUGAACAGUCUUGUACAUUCAGUAAAGUAGUCAAUUCAACAAUAAUCUUGGUAAGAUUAAAAGUUUAGUCAAUUCAAAAUAUAUUUAUAAUUGUAUAAACAGAAAUAUGUAAUUUUUCUUUUGUACAAGAAUGUGUACAAGAUCUAACAAUAAAUUGUUGCAAUUUUAUUUUAAGUACAGUAUCAUAGAUUCAUAGUUGUUUACCAUGCAGAAAGGAAAAGUGCUGUUUUAAUAUGUCUUUAUAACUUAUGUUGAGCAAGUACAGACAUGAGAAAAUGGUCCAGUAUUGCCAUUUAUAACCCCCCGUACCCAGUAGUGCUGUGCAAACUCCGGUUUUUCAUCUCCGGCCGAAUUACAGCUCUGAGCUCCGGCUCCGGCCACAUCAUAAAAUAUUAAAUAAAUGUUUUACGAUCAGAACAUUUUAUUAUGAAUAACCCUUUUCGCGCUUCCUAAUUAUCAGAUAACAUAACUCAGGAAACAAAACAGUGAAAACACUUAACCACGCAGAAAAUAUCUAUAUGGAAACCAGCCUCGAAAAAUCUUUGACACGAGGCAUGACGCUAACACUCUCAGACUCCACAGCGCAAUUGUUCGCACGCAAACAAAGUACUCUAUCAUUUUCAAAAGAUUGAUAUUUAUUUGUUUUGUACUUUUUCGUUAUCUACAAGGCAUGAAUACACAGACUAUGUAGCGCUAAGUCAGAUGGCUUCAUGAAAGCAUGACGUUUGUAAGUUGCGAUCGUACAGCUUUUCGACGCUGUUCCUGUGGGCUGUGGCAGUUUGAGUCUAUGAUGAAUUCAUUAACAGCAAAUGGCAGUUUGCAGUAACUAACAAUCGUUUGACAUUUGUCUCGUUUCAUAUUGUUUUCUUGUCAUUUUGCCGGAGCUGGGAAAACGUAACUCCGGGCUCCGGCAUACAAAAUUCGGCUCCGGCGUUGGAAAAACCGCCGGAGCUCCGGCAGAACUCCGGCAACUCCGGCGCACAGCACUAGUACCCAGAUACUGUAUGAAGUAUCAUACUUUAUCUUCUCGUCAAAUGUAUGUUGUGUGAUGCCUUGCAAUGAAUAUGCCAUGUAGUUCUCAUCUAAUACAUCCUGAAUCCAAACUUCGCCACUAACUUUGGAUUGGUUUCAGAUUCAAGGCUUUUGCACAAUACAUUUGUUAUUUUUCCAGGAUACUUUUUAA